GCGGUGCCGGCAUUCGACUGCCGCCGCCGCCUGCGGGACGCAGGGAGGGAGCGGCCGCAGUUCGGAUCCGCCGCCGGCAGCGGGCGGGUGCUAUGGCCCAGGCCAAGAUCAGCGCCAAGGCCAGCGAGGGGGCGCAGCAGCAGCACCACCACCAGCACCAGCAGCAGCACCAGCAGCACCAGCAGUCCGGCGGGCAGCUCCGAGGCCGCUUCUACCGCUCCACCUCCAUGGCGGACCGUUCGAGCCGCUUGCUCGAGAACCUGGACCAGCUGGAGCUCAGGGUAGAAGCUUUCCGCGACGCAGCUUCUGCCAUGGAACAAGAGAAAGAAAUCCUGCUGGAAAUGAUCCACAACAUCCAGAACAGCCAGGAUAUGAGGCACAUCAGUGAAGGUGAGAGAGAAGAACUUAAUUUGACAGCUAAUCGUCUGAUGGGCCGAACCCUCACUGUGGAGGUUUCUGUGGAAACCAUCCGGAACGCCCAGCAGCAGGAAUCCCUGCUGCAUGCCACGAAGAUGAUCGAUGAAAUUGUCAAUAAACUUCUGGAUGAUUUGGAAGAUGCCAAAAUCCGCUUAAUGUCACUCUACGGUGCGUGCACAUCUGACGUGCCAGCGGGACCCAUCGAUCAGAAAUUUCAGUCUGUGGUGAUUGGAUGUGCCAUUGAGGAUCAGAAGAAAAUCAAAAGGCGGCUAGAGACUCUCCUCAGAAACUUGGAAAAUUCAGAAAAGUCAAUCACGCUGUUGGAGCAUCAGAAAUCAUCUGUUCGACAGUCUUGCAACAGCAAACAGGAUUAAAUGAUCCUCCUGGCUACUUCUGGCAAAUCACAGGGUGAGGAAAUCUCUCCAAGAAAAGCACACAGAAGCUAAAGAAAAAAAAAAUGUGCAAGCACGUGCAUAUAUGUAUGCAUGCACACCUCCCCAAGGUAACUUUGAUUGCAAGGUGUGAGCAUUUAAGGGGUUUUGGUAGCAUUGGCAUUUUCUUUUGGUGAUAAAGAAUGCUAUCAGGAGUUCUUCUGUAAAGUCAAUUCCGCUCUAUUGCAAAUUGUAAUUGUGCUUCUGCUGAACUGUCAGGAACCAUCAAAAUCUAUCCUCUCCUCCACUCUCCUGUUUGUCUUUUUUUCAACUAAAGUUGUUUUGUCAUAUAGACAGAUUUCAGCUUUUCUCUGCUGUAUACAUAGUGUGUGAACCAGACUUUUGGGGAAAAAGAGAAAUCAUGGCAAUAAAUUGAAAAUAUCAAUAAACUCUAUAUGGUAUUUUCAUAAACACA